AGUCUUCCAUUAGUCUUCCCUUAGUCUUUAGUGCCCCCUUAUCUGCAGAGUACGUGUUCCAAGACCCCCAGUGGAUGCUUGAAACCACAGAUAGUACCGAACCCAAUUGCUAUCAGCCGGAGCAUGUUUCUAUUCUUGUCUUCUACCCAUAAAUGUAAUGCCUUUUCCGUCUUAACUAAGCAUGUAUCAUGUACUCCGGCCAUCACUUUUGCAAUAUGAGGUAUGACGUCAAAACUAGCAUGAAUUUAUUUUUCCUUCUUCACAGUUCCAAAGAUGGAAGAUUCUUUCUUACAGUAGAUCUCAACAACCUCAGCAUAUGAUUUUCUUUGCUUUCAAGUCAAGAACUUUUACCUUUUUGCCUAAAGGAAGCACUUUACAGCUUCUCUUUGGCAUGUCCAAAUUGCCACCAACACUACUCCUGUGCUUUGGGGCCAUUAUUAAGUAAAAUGGCGAUCACUUGAAGACAGCCACUAUGAUAUUGAGUCAGUUGUUUGAUAACUGAGCAGGCUACUAAGUGAUGGGUGGUAGGAUAAACAGUGUGAAUCUUCUAGAUAAAGGGAUGAUUCACAUCCUGGGUGGGAUGGUGCAGGAUUUCAUCAUGCUACUCAGAAUGCACGCAAUUUAAAACUUAUGAAUUGUUUAUUUCUGCAAUUUUCAAUUUAAUACUUUCCCACCCGGUUGACCACAGGUAACUGAAACCAUGGAGAGUGAAACCACAGAUAAGGGAGGACUACUGUAGUUCAAGUAAUCUAUGAGUUCAUCCAUCUUUUGUUUUGUUACUUCAUUGGUUCAUUGGCCUGUAAGGUCAGCCAACUCAUUCUCCCCUGGCCCCCAAGUCCUUACCCUGGUCCAUCACUUCCUUCCAGAUUUCAUCUAUUUUGUCCUUUCACGAUGUCAUGACUUCAUCAGCUCUCUUCUCCCUCAUUUUCCCCAUUCUGUGUCUGCUGAGUUGGGUCUUGCUGACCUUAUUUAUUCCUCUCUUGUGGGGUUCCUUAAUUUUUUAUGCAGUUCACACACUGCACUUUAUUUGUUGUUUCAGUGCCCCCUCAGCCCCCUUUUCGGGGGCUGGCUUAGUGCUUCUAAGAUGUAGUUGUUUAGUUUCAUUUGCUUCUCCCCUUCCGUUCCAGAGCAUGGACUCUUCACACCGUCCUGCCUCUCAUUACCCUUGUGGCCCAGGGCCAGUCAUUUUAUCCCUCUGAGCCUGUUUCCCAUCUGUGAAGUCGGGGCGAGGACGAAAGACAGUCACUGCCUGGGACACAGCCAUUGCUCCCCUGGAUGGCGAGGAGCUCAUUGUCGAGGUCCUUGAAGAUGUCCCGCUGACCAUGCACAAUUUUGUACGGAAGACCUUCUUCAGCCUGGCGUUCUGUGACUUCUGCCUUAAGUUUCUGUUCCAUGGCUUCCGUUGCCAAACCUGUGGCUACAAGUUCCACCAGCAUUGUUCCUCCAAGGUCCCCACAGUCUGUGUUGACAUGAGUACCAACCGCCAACAGUUCUACCACAGUGUCCAGGAUUUGUCCGGAGGCUCCAGACAACAUGAGGCUCCCUCGAACCGCCCCCUGAAUGAGUUGCUAACCCCCCAGGGUCCCAGGCCCCACACUCAGCACUGUGACCCGGAGCACUUCCCCUUCCCUGCCCCGGCCAACGCCCCCCUGCAGCGCAUCCGCUCCACAUCCACUCCCAACGUCCAUAUGGUCAGCACCACGGCCCCCAUGGACUCCAACCUCAUCCAGCUCACUGGCCAGAGUUUCAGCACUGAUGCUGCCAGUAGUAGAGGAGGUGGUGAUGGAACCCCCCGGGGGAGCCCCAGCCCAGCCAGCGUGUCCUCGGGGAGGAAAUCCCCACAUUCCAAGUCACCAGCAGAGCAGCGUGAGCGGAAGUCCUUGGCCGAUGACAAGAAGAAAGUGAAGAACCUGGGGUACCGGGACUCAGGCUAUUACUGGGAGGUACCACCCAGUGAGGUGCAGCUGCUGAAGAGGAUCGGGACAGGCUCGUUUGGCACCGUGUUUCGAGGGCGGUGGCAUGGCGAUGUGGCUGUGAAGGUGCUCAAGGUGUCCCAGCCCACAGCUGAGCAGGCCCAAGCUUUCAAGAAUGAGAUGCAGGUGCUCAGGAAGACGCGACAUGUCAACAUCUUGCUGUUUAUGGGCUUCAUGACCCGACCGGGAUUCGCCAUCAUCACACAGUGGUGUGAAGGCUCCAGCCUCUACCAUCACCUGCAUGUGGCCGACACACGCUUCGACAUGGUCCAGCUCAUCGACGUGGCCCGGCAGACUGCCCAGGGCAUGGACUACCUCCAUGCCAAGAACAUCAUCCACCGAGAUCUCAAGUCUAACAACAUCUUCCUACAUGAGGGGCUCACGGUGAAGAUCGGUGACUUUGGCUUGGCCACAGUGAAGACUCGAUGGAGCGGGGCCCAGCCCUUGGAGCAGCCCUCAGGCUCUGUGCUGUGGAUGGCAGCUGAGGUGAUCCGUAUGCAGGACCCGAACCCCUACAGCUUCCAGUCAGAUGUCUAUGCCUACGGGGUUGUGCUCUACGAGCUCAUGACUGGCUCACUGCCUUACAGCCACAUUGGCUGCCGUGACCAGAUUAUCUUUAUGGUGGGCCGUGGCUAUCUGUCCCCGGACCUCAGCAAAGUCUCCAGCAACUGCCCCAAGGCCAUGCGGCGCCUGCUGUCUGACUGCCUCAAGUUCCAGCGGGAGGAACGGCCCCUCUUCCCCCAGAUCCUGGCCACAAUUGAGCUGCUGCAACGGUCACUCCCCAAGAUUGAGCGGAGUGCCUCGGAACCCUCCUUGCACCGCACCCAGGCUGAUGAGUUGCCUGCCUGCCUACUCAGCGCAGCCCGCCUUGUGCCUUAGGCCCCGCCCAAGCCACCGGGGAGCCAGUCUCAGCCCUCCACGCCAAGGAGCCUAGCCCACCAGCCAAUCAAUGUUCGUCUCUGCCCUGAUGCUGCCUCAGGAUCCCCCAUUCCCCACCCUGGGAGAUGAGGGGGGUCCCCAUGUGCUUUUCCAGUUCUUCUGGAAUUGGGGUCCUCCCAAAGACUGAGCCCCCUGCCUCCAUCAUUUGGUUUCCUCUUGGCUUUGGGGAUACUUUUAAAUUUUGGGAGCUCCUCCAUCUCCAAUGGCUGGGAUUUGUGGCAGGGAUUCCACUCAGAACCUCUCUGGAAUUUGUGCCCGAUGUGCCUUCCACUGGAUUUUGGGGUUCCCAGCACCCCAUGUGGAUUUUGGGGGUCCCUUUUGUGUCUCCCCCGCCAUUCAAGGACUCCCCUCUUUCUUCACCAAGAAGCACAGAAUUCUGCUGGGCC